AUGGCAGCAGUUCCCUGGAGCCCUCCCAUUUGUCCUAUUAGCGUACGGCGCCCCAGGGCCCAUCCGAAAAUCUUCGGCGACUCCAGGGACCCUCCUAGGACACGUCGCGGUGAGGACACAGAGGCCCUCCUAGGAGUUGGCGUCACCCUUAGGGGCCCCACCAAGGGCUUUUUGGAAACCCCAGAUGCUGUCCCAGGGGCGUUAGAGAACCAAGGACCCCUUCCCAGUAGCAUCGGCAACCCCAGGUUCUUCUCUCGGGGGCGGCAGUCCCCCAGAGGCCCCCUCGCCAGGAGCAGCAGCAGCCCACGGGUCCUCCCCAGGGCGUCGGCUAACCAUAUGGGGCCUUUGCAAGAGCCGGCAGUCACCCCAGGACUCCCAGAGGCACCGGUGCCCCAGGGGCCGCAAUGUACACGCUCCCAUAUCCCAAAAUCUUCGGCGACCCAGGACCCUCCUAGACACGUGCUGGUGACCAGCUCCCCAGGGUGCCGGCGACCCCAAAGGCCUCCCAAAGGCGUGCACCCAGAGGCCCUCGCCAGGGAGCAGCAGCACCCCAUAGGGGCCUCUCAGGGCGUCGGUGAUCCCUGGGCCUCUUGGGUAGGCGGCAGUCAGCCCAGGAGCCUCCCCAGAGGCACCGGUGCCCCUCAGGGGCCGCCUAAGGCAGCAGCACCCCUGGAGCCCUCCCAUUUGGCCCUCCAGGUACGUAAGGCCCCAGGGCCCCCUCACAAAAUCUUCCGCGAGUCCAGGGACCCUCCUAGACACGUCGGUGACCUCAGGGAGCCUCCCAGGGAGUCCACCCCAAAGGCCUCCCAGAGGCGGUGGCGAUCCUAG